GAGAACUUUGAAGAUAAGGGCUACUCGGUGCCUGCAUUCAAGGCCUUCGGCUACCCGGGCGAGGAAAAUCUCAGCGAACUGCACGAGGCACAACACACCGACAAGAUGUUCUCGCCUGAUACCAAGCCCAAAAUUAUCAUUAUGGGCCUUCGGAGAAGUGGCAAAUCAUCCAUACAGAAGGUGGUCUUCCACAAGAUGUCACCCAAUGAAACGCUAUUCCUCGAAAGCACCAACAAAGUGGUGAAAGAAGACAUUUCAAACAAUUCCUUUGUCUCCUUCACCAUCUGGGACUUUCCAGGUCAGAUGGAUAUUUUUGACCGGGAAUUUGAUUUCUCCAAUGUCUUUAAAGGCUGCGGAGCUCUCGUCUUCGUAAUCGAUUCACAAGACGAUUACGUGGAAGCGCUAUUUAAUUUAAAUCAGACCGUCAAAAGGGCGCAUGCAAUUAAUCCCAACAUAAACUUUGAAGUGUUUAUCCACAAAGUCGACGGCCUCUCUGACGAUCACAAAAUUGAAGCACGUCAGGAGAUUCACAGUCGCGCCAACGAUGACUUGCAGGACCAAGGCGACGAUGGCAUUUUGCUGAGUUUCUAUCUAACUUCAAUCUACGACCACUCCAUUUUUGAAGCCUUCUCCAAAGUCGUUCAAAAACUCAUACCUCAGUUGCCUAUUCUCGAGAAUCUGCUUAAUGUUUUCAUUUCGAGCUCGGGUAUCGAGAAGGCCUUUCUCUUUGAUGUCGUUUCCAAGAUCUUCAUCGCCACCGAUUCUUCACCGGUCGAUAUGCAGUCUUAUGAGCUUUGCUGUGACAUGAUCGAUGUCGUGAUUGAUAUCUCCUGCAUAUACGGUGUGAAUGAAGCAGGCGAAGGAAGUACAUUCGACAACUGCUCUUCAUCCUGUAUUCGCCUCAAUUCCUCCACUGUGCUAUACCUCCGAGAAGUGAACAAAUUCCUCGCUCUCGUCUGCAUACUGCGAGAGGAGAACUUCACCAAACAGGGUUUAAUUGACUACAACUUUCAGUGCUUUCGCAAGUCAAUUCAGGACGUCUUUGUCUCGCAGAGCAAAAAUGACGUCGCAGCAGCUCGCAUGUCCAGCACCAGCAGUACACCGUACGGCUCGUCGAAUGUUCCCGAUGCGGAGGACAUUGGCGACUCGGUGCCGGCGGCAGUCGGCGACAUUCUCCUGGCCAGCAGCUACCCAAAUGAUUCCAUUGACUCGGGCGUGCUCAGCAAGCCACUUCCGCCGUCGCUCUCCUCGACGCCCACCAUCAACAACACCACCAACGCCUCCUCCUCCUCCAGCUACAAGCACACGCCGCCCCCGAGCAGCAGUCCACACAUCAGUGCCACGGGCCACAAUCCACCGCAAAGUCACCGGAAGAUUGCAAUUCUGCCGACCAAUUCGACAGUGUCCUCACUGCCCACCACGCAGAUGUACCAUCCGGCGGCGGUCGCCGAGAAGAACACCUCCGCCUCGCGACUAAAUACGACCAUGUCGCCGCAAUGGUCUUCUUGA